GAACGCAUACGUUCGACACCGUCAAAAUUUCGGCAUAUCGAGGAUCGCGUUGGAGAUGCUGUCGAUAGUAGGAUCGUAAUAAAAAGGAGGAAGGAGAAAGAGAGAGAAAGAGAGGAAAAAAAGAAAAGAAAACAAAAGUGUCGCUCUUAUACUUUGAUUGAAUCGGUUCCUUUGACUUUACGCGGGUUUGGCUUCCGCGUAUACUCGUGUCACCGGGCAUUCCGGUUUGUUUUUCCUUUCUUAUUUUCGUUGCAAGACACGCGCCACUCGGCACCUUCUCCGGAUUUAUAUCUCGGGGUCGUACGCUCGAUCACCGUCGUCGUCGUCGUUUAACCGGCUGUGAAAGGGCUCUACAAUCAUGGCUAGUGUGUCCUAUCAAAUAGCGAAUCUACUGGAAAAGAUGACAUCCAGUGACAAGGACUUCAGAUUUAUGGCAACUAAUGAUUUGAUGAGUGAAUUACAGAAGGACAGCAUUAAACUGGAUGAUGAUUCUGAGCGCAAAGUUGUAAAAAUGCUUCUUAAGUUAUUAGAAGACAAAAAUGGAGAAGUGCAGAAUCUUGCUGUCAAAUGUUUGGGCCCGUUAGUCAAUAAAGUAAAAGACUACCAGGUGGAAACUAUUGUGGACGCUUUAUGUACCAAUAUGGUCUCGGACAAGGAGCAGCUACGCGAUAUCUCCAGCAUUGGCUUGAAGACUGUUAUUUCCGAGCUUCCUGUGGGUUCUAGUGCAUUAGUUGCAAAUGUUUGUAGACGCGUUACAAAUAAAUUAAGCAGUGCUAUUGAAAAGCAAGAAGAUGUAUCCGUACAAUUAGAAGCUCUUGACAUUGUAGCCGAUUUAUUAUCUCGAUUUGGCGCUUUGCUAGUCUCGUUUCAUCCUACAAUUUUGGCUGCGCUGUUACCGCAACUCUCCUCGCCGCGACAAGCGGUCCGUAAACGCACUAUAGUAGCGCUGAGUCAUCUGUUAACAUCCAGCAACAAUUAUUUAUACAACAAAUUGCUAGAUCAUCUUCUUGAAGGUCUUCAAACUCAAACAGCAAAGAAUGUCAUACGUACCUAUAUCCAGUGUAUUGCUUCUAUCUGCCGACAGGCAGGUCACAGAUUCGGCGAGCAAAUAGAACGCGUUAUGCCAUUGAUCGUUCAGUAUAGUAACGAGGAUGAUGAUGAAUUGAGGGAGUAUUGUUUGCAGGCAUUUGAAUCUUUUGUUUAUAGAUGUCCGAAAGAAAUUACACCGCACAUAAAUAAGAUUAUAGAGAUCUGCCUAAUAUAUAUUACAUACGAUCCAAACUACAAUUAUGAUGAUGAUGUCAACGAUUUUUCUGAUGGAGAAGGUGUCGCAAUGGAGGUAGAAGAAGAUGGAGACGAAGAUGCAGAGGACGAAUAUUCUGACGAUGACGACAUGAGUUGGAAAGUUCGUAGAGCAGCUGCAAAAUGUCUAGAGGCGGUUGUAUCCAGCAGAAGAGAAUUAUUGUCAGAUCUUUAUAAAGGCGUUUCUCCUGCAUUAAUUGCCAGGUUUAAAGAAAGAGAAGAAAAUGUCAAGUCAGACAUCUUCCACGCAUAUAUUGCUUUAUUAAGGCAAACAAGGCCAACUACCGGGGUCGCGCUCGAUCCUGACGCGAUGGAAGACGACGAUGGGCCCAUUUCGUUGUUACAACAACAAGUACCAUUAAUAGUGAAGGCAGUUCAUCGUCAAAUGAAGGAAAAGAGCAUCAAAACGAGACAGGAUUGCUUCUCUUUGUUAAAGGAAUUAGUGCUCGUUUUGCCUGGAGCUUUAACUAAUCAUAUUCCAGCACUAAUCCCCGGUAUACAGUAUUCCCUGGGAGAUAAGAAUUCCUCCUCGAAUAUGAAGAUCGAUACUUUAGCCUUUGUGCACACACUACUAGUGACGCAUCAACCCGAAGCGUUCCACGUUCACAUGCCCGUGUUGGCACCUCCGAUUAUACUAGCCGUGGGAGAUUCAUUCUACAAAAUUGCUGCUGAAGCGUUACUCGUAUUACAGCAGCUUGUACAAGUUAUCAGACCUCAUGAUAAACCAUUCUAUCGCGGUUUCACCUCGUUGUCAAAUGAAAUAUAUCACUGUACCUUAAUGAGGCUCAAAACGGCGGAUAUCGAUCAAGAGGUAAAGGAAAGAGCAAUCUCCUGUAUGGGACAGAUCCUUGCACACUUUGGGGAUACUCUAUCAGACAAAUUACAUGUAUGCCUACCCAUUUUCCUGGAUAGAUUGCGCAACGAAAUAACAAGACUUACCACUGUUAAGGCUCUAACUUGCAUAGCUGCAUCUCCUCUGAGAGUUGAUCUAAAACCAAUUAUGGAAGAAGCAAUACCCAUUCUUGGAUCUUUCUUAAGGAAAAAUCAGCGAGCUUUGAAACUCUCUUCUCUUCCUCUUCUGGAUACAUUGGUAUGCAAUUAUAGCUCGGCUCUGCACCCGGAUUUACUUGAUAAGGUUACUACGGAGUUACCUGCAUUACUAAACGAAUCAGAUCUGCACAUUGCACAGUUAACGCUAAAUCUUCUCACUACCAUAGCAAAGUUACAUCCGACUGCUCUAACUAGAGUUUCUGAACAUAUCUUGCCAGAAAUACUCAUCCUAGUAAAAUCACCACUUCUUCAAGGUGUCGCAUUAAAUUCAAUGCUUGAGUUUUUCCAAGCCUUAGUUCAAGCAAAUCUACCGGAACUGGGAUACAGAGAUCUUCUCUCAAUGUUAAUCGUCCCAGUUACUUCAUCGCUACUUCAUAAGCAGGCUUAUCACUCAUUGGCCAAAUGUGCAGCCGCCCUGACAAUCCCAUGGCAUGACGAAGCACAGUGUAUUGUACAACAAUUGCUAAAAGACGUUCAGAAUCCAUCAGACAUUCAGAAUGUUGCACAACACAUAUUUGCUUUGUUGGUUAUUGGAGAAAUAGGAAGACAUGUAGAUUUAAGUGGAAUUAAUUCAUUGAAACACACGAUUUUAAAUUCGUUCUCAUCUCACUCGGAAGAGGUUAAAUCGGCAGCCAGUUACACACUAGGAAAUAUUGCAAUUGGGAAUCUUCCUGAAUACCUGCCUUUCAUUCUUCAGGAGAUUGAGGCGCAACCCAAGCGUCAAUACCUGCUUUUGCAUUCGUUGAAGGAGAUUAUUACAAGUCAAUCAGCUAGUCCAUCUGGCGUGUCACACUUACAAAAUUUCGUGCCUUCAAUUUGGAUGCUCUUAUAUAGGCAUUGCGAAUGCACGGAAGAAGGUACUCGUAAUGUUGUAGCCGAAUGUCUUGGUAAACUAACAUUAAUUGAUCCAGCGACUCUGUUACCAAGACUGCAAGAAUCGCUUAAAUCACCAUCAGCUCUUAUGAGAACAACAACAGUUACGGCGGUUAAAUUUACCAUUUCUGAUCAGCCACAACCAAUCGAUACCAUGUUAAAGCAAUGUAUGGGUAAUUUUUUGGUUGCUUUGGAAGACCCUGAUCUUAAUGUACGUAGGGUAGCGUUAGUCGCAUUUAAUUCUGCUGCACACAAUAAACCUAUGCUGAUAAGGGAUCUCUUAGACGUGGUAUUACCGCAUCUUUACACAGAAACUAAAAUCAAGAAAGAACUUAUCAGAGAAGUCGAGAUGGGUCCUUUUAAACAUACAGUAGACGAUGGAUUGGAUCUUCGUAAGGCAGCGUUUGAGUGCAUGUACACCUUGUUGGAUUCGUGUCUCGAUAGGCUGGAUGUUUUUGAGUUUCUAAAUCAUGUGGAAAAUGGUCUUAGAGAUCACUACGAUAUCAAGAUGUUGACUUAUCUUAUGACUGCGCGACUCGCACAAUUGUGUCCGACUGCUGUCUUGCAAAGGUUGGAGCGAUUAGUCGACCCACUGAAGAGUACUUGUACAAUGAAAGUAAAGGCGAAUUCGGUGAAACAGGAGUAUGAGAAACAAGACGAAUUGAAACGUUCUGCGCUGAGAGCUGUCGCAGCGUUGUUAACUAUUCCUGAUGCAGAUAAAAACCCAUCGUUGAGCGAAUUUGUCGUACAGAUAAAAGCCACGUCAGAACUGAUGCCACUCUUCGAAAUAAUACAAAAGGACUGUACCGGCAGUAACGUUAAUGAAGCAAACGCAAUGGAUCAGAGCUAAGAGUAAUCGACUUAAUUCUUUUUUGUAUCUCGUAUAGAUGAAUAUGGGUUAAGCGCGUUCGUGAUCAUACUCUAUCUAUAGUUUAUUUCUAUACAUUAUUUUUUCAUUAUUAUAUCUUCGAUUUGAAGGUAGUUUCUAAUAAAUGUGAGUUAAUGUAGCACAUCAUGUAUAAAUUUUAAAAUAAAUUUGC